GGUGAAGCUGCGGGCGCCGCGCGCUCCCGGCCCGGCACUCCCCAGUCUCGGUGUUCCCGCCCGCGCCCUCCCGGCGCAUCAGGCUCUCGCUCCCUGCUGCUGCGACGUCUGCACACCUGGCGACAACAUUCCAGAAAGAAAUUGGAAAUUGAAGAUUUAAGGAGAGAAUGUUGUUUUAAAAUAUUCUCACUUUCUUCAAAGAACACAUGACAGAAACUUAAAAAGGGUUUGCACUGAGAGGCUGGCCUUGGAUCCUGAUUGCCCUUCUGCCAGGAAGGCACAUGCAGCCAAAAAUGAAUUUGGGAAAAGCAGCCGCUUGCUCCUUUAACCAUGGAAAAGCAGGGCCGCAGUGAGAUGGAAAUAAUCCCGUCAGAGUCUCACUCCUACAUCAAAUUGUUGAAAGUCAACCGGGAGCAUCUGGUCACUCACGUCCGCAACACUCAGUGUCUGCUGGACAACUUGUUGCAGAAUGAUUACUUCUCUGCCGAAGACGUGGAGAUCGUGUGUGCCUGCCCCACGCAGCCCGACAAGGUCCGCAAAAUUCUGGACCUGGUGCAGAGCAAGGGCGAGGAGGUGUCCGAGUUCUUCCUCUAUGUGCUACAGCGACUUGCAGACGCUUACGUGGACCUCAGGCCUUGGCUGUCGGAGAUCAGCUUCUCCCCUUCCCAGCUCAUUCAGAGCAAAGCUGUUGUCAACACCGAUCCAGUGAGCAGAUACAGCCAGAAGCUGCGACAGCAACUGGGCCGUGACUCCAAGUUCAUCCUGUGCUACGCCCAGAAGGAGGAGCUGCUGCUGGAGGAGAUGUACACGGACACCAUCGUGGAGCUGGUCGACUUCGGCAACGAGAGCCUGGGCAGCCUGGGCAGCCUGGCCUGCCUCCUGGACCCCUCCACGGGCGUCCUCAACGAGCACGGCGAGACCAUCUUCGUCUUCGGUGACGCAGGCGUGGGCAAGUCCAUGCUGCUGCAGCGGCUGCAGAGCCUCUGGGCCGCGGGCCAGCUGGACGCUGAGCUCAGGUUCUUCUUCCACUUCCGCUGCCGCACCUUCAGCUGCUUCAAGGAGAGCGCCUCGCUGUGCCUGCGGGACCUGCUCUUCAAGCACUACUGCUACCCGGAGCAGGACCCCGAGGAGGUGUUCGCCUUCUUGCUGCGCUUCCCGCACACGGCCCUCUUCACCUUCGACGGCCUGGACGAGCUCCACUCGGACUUCGACCUGAGCCGCGAGCCCGACACCUCCUCCCCCUGGGAGCCCGCCCACCCCCUGGUCCUGCUGGCCAACCUGCUCAGCGGGAAGCUGCUCAAGGGGGCGCGCAAGCUGCUAACGGCCCGCACGGGCAUCGAGAUCCCGCGGCAUCUCCUCUGGAAGAAGGUGCUCCUGCGCGGCUUCUCCCCCAGCCACCUGCGCGCCUACGCUGGGAAGAUGUUCCCCGAGCGCGCCGUGCGCCAGCGCCUGCUGGAUCAGCUGGAAGCCAACGCCAACCUCUUCAGCCUGUGCACCGUGCCCCUCUUCUGCUGGAUCAUCUUCCGGUGCUUCCAGCACUUCUACGACGCCUUCGACGGCUCCCCGCAGCUGCCCGACCGCACGGUGACGCUGACCGACGUCUUCCUGCUGGUCACCGAGGUCCACCUGAACAGGACGCAGCCCACCAGCCUGGUGCAGCGGAACACGCGGAGCCAGACGGAGACCUUCCGCGCCGGCCGGGGCACCCUGCGCUCGCUCGGCCAGGUGGCUCACUGGGGCAUGGAGAAGAGCUUCUUCGUCUUCAGCCAGGAGGAGGUGCAGGCGUCCGAGGUGCAGGAGGGGGACCUAAAGCUGGGUUUCUUGCGGGCCGUGCCGGAGCUGGGCCUCGGAGGGGACCAGCAGUCCUAUGAGUUUUUCCACCUCACCCUCCAGGCCUUCUUUGCUGCCUUUUUUCUGGUGGUGGAUGACAAGGUGGGCACUCGGGAGCUGCUCCGGUUCUUCCAGGAGUGGGCUCCUCACAGGGAGGCAGCAGCUGCGUCCUGCUAUCCCCGCUUCCUACCCAGCCAGUGCCUGGGGGGCCGCGGCCUGGCCGGGGAAGACCCCUUUAAGAACAAGGAUCACUUUCAUUUCACCAACCUCUUCCUGUGCGGGCUGUUGUCCAAAGGCAAACAGAAACUCCUGCGGCACCUGGUGCCUGCCGGCGCCCUGCGGAGAAAGCGCAGGGCCCUGUGGGCUUGCCUGUUCGCCAGCCUGCGCUCCCACCUGAAGAACCUGCCCCGAGUUCAGUCUGGGAGCUUCAGCCAGGUGCAGGCCAUGCCCACCUUCCUCUGGAUGCUGCGCUGCAUCUACGAGACGCAGAGCGAGAAGGUGGGGCAGCUGGCGGCCAGGGGCAUCUGCGCCAACUACCUCAAGCUGACCUUUUGCAACGCCUGUUCGGCCGACUGCAGCGCCCUCUCCUUCGUCCUGCACCACUUCCCCAAGCGGCUUGCGCUCGACCUGGACAACAACAAUCUCAACGACUAUGGUGUGCGGGAACUGCAGCCCUGCUUCAGCCACCUCACCGUCAUCAGACUCAGUGUGAACCAGAUCACCGACAGUGGGGUGAAGGUGCUAUGUGAAGAGCUGCCCAAAUACAAAAUUCUGACAUUUUUAGGCUUAUACAACAACCAAAUCACUGAUGUCGGAGCCAGGUACAUCGCCAGAAUCCUGGAUGAGUGCACAGGCCUCACGCACCUGAAACUGGGAAAAAACAAAAUAACAAGCGAAGGAGGAAAGUGUCUCGCCCUGGCUGUGAAGAACAGCAAAUCCAUCUUUGAAGUUGGGAUGUGGGGCAAUCAAAUCGGUGAUGAAGGAGCAAGGGCCUUCGCAGAGGCUCUGAGGAACCACCCCAGCUUGACUAACUUGAGUCUUGCAUUCAAUGGCAUUUCUACAGAAGGAGGAAGAAGCCUCGCGUGCGCCCUGCAGCAGAAUGCGUCUCUGAGAAUAUUCUGGCUCACCAAAAAUGAACUUGAUGAUGAAGUGGCAGAGAGCUUGGCAGAGAUGCUGAAAGUCAACCAGACGUUGAAACAUUUAUGGCUUAUCCAGAACCAGAUUACAGCCAAGGGGAUUGCCCAGUUGGCAGAUGCAUUACAGAAGAACACUGGCAUAAUGGAGAUUUGCUUAAAUGGAAACUUGAUAAAGCCAGAGGAGGCCAAAGUCUUUGAAGGCGAGAAGCGGAUUGUCUGUUUCUGAGGGGAUGUUUUCCUGUGGGUGGGUCUUGGCCCUGGGGGUGACUCUGUCCAGUUGCCUGUCUUGGAUGUCUGAAACAUCCAGUGUCUGCCGAGGUGGAACUUCCAGGAUUCCUGCCUUCGUGGUACAAAAUGAGCUCUGUGCAGGCACUCUGAUUGGCAGAGUCCCUGAGUAGCUGUUACAAUUCUGCAGGAAAAGUAUGAGCCGUUUUAGUGACUGCAAACAUACUCUGAAGAGAUGGUAAUGCAUAGCCAUGAUUAUUUUAAUCUGAAAUUAGAGGAAUGAGACUUUGAGCUCAUAGAAACGCCUGCCCAAAGACCAGGGAGAGUGAGUCGGUCACUGCCGCAUUCAGUGAAGAGUUGGGGACAUGGUGCAAAGUUGGUGCCACGUUUCUUGGGGAAAAGGUGCUCAAUGGACAAAAGUGUUUUACCUGCAAUGUUCUCUUCCUCCUCAGUACUUCCCCAUGUGUUGAUAUUAUUCCCACUUCACAGCUGUCGAUACUGAGCGGGGGUACAGUGUGGGGAUUUGACUCAUCCAAGGUUCUGUAGGGACUUAGUGCCAAAGGAAGGACCCGCCAUGGGCUUACGUCUUAGUCCUGGAGUCUCACCGUCUGCUGACAAAGAUCGCAGGAUGCCCUCCUCUUAGCCAGUCUGAGGGACAGGACGAUGCCUUCGUGAUGCUGAGGCCCCACGCAGGGCUUUCGUGGGUCGGGGCUGACCUUCGCAAGACUGAUGCUGUGGGCAGAGGUGCUCUGUCCCAGGAAGAAGAACCAGCGCCGUCCUCCAAAAGGAAUAAGGCCUGGCUUGCCCAUGUGGCCCUGGCAUGCAAACAGGAGCUUCUCUCUCUCUCUUGCCCUUUUGAGGAAGGGAAGUCUCUUCCUGCCCCCCGAGCAGUUGUGCGAGUGACUGAGUUGGAGGCAAGGCAAGCCGCUGAGAACCCAGCGAGCACGUCAGACCCCUGCCACCGUGGCGGGCACCUGGUGGACGCUAAAUGGGGGAAAGGGGGAGGUAUCACGAGAGAGCUUGUUCUUUUGCCAAUUCAUUUGUUAGUAAAAUACUGAAAACACUCA